AUGGAGGGUGUUGAUGACUUCACAGGUGGCGUGGCCCAGAGCAUUCGGCUCUGGAAGCCCCCUCACAACAUGCUAUGGCUCCUCAGAGAAGCGCUGGAGAUGUCUUCCCUGAUGGGCUGUUCCAUCGAAGGCCCCAUAGUGGCGCCAGCCAGGGAGCCUGCGGAGCAGCGCCAGCCGUCCUUGGUGGCAGUGCGCGGCGCAGCUCCCCCUGAAGGGGCAAUGUCUAAGGGGGUUUACGCCCUGCCAAGCGCGCCCAACAGAGAAGUGAAGCCCAUAGUGUCCAGCACGCCACCGGUGGACUUCUUGAUGCAGCUGGAGGAUUACACCCCUACGAUCCCAGAUGCAGUGACUGGUUAUUACCUGAACCGUGCUGGCUUUGAAGCUUCAGACCCACGCAUAAUCCGGCUCAUCUCACUAGCUGCCCAGAAAUUCAUCUCAGAUAUUGCUAAUGAUGCCCUACAGCACUGCAAAAUGAAGGGCACAGCCUCUGGCAGCUCCCAGAGCAAAAGCAAGGACCACAAGUACACCCUAACGAUGGAGGACUUGACUCCAGCCCUCAGUGACCAUGGCAUCAAUGUGAAGAAGCCGCACUACUUCACCUGA